AAAUUUACACUGUAGCUCAGAUCGGGGCAUCCACAGCUUGUUCCGAGUUCUUGGUGAGGCCCCAGAUACCUCUCUCCCAUCCUUCACCACAUCCGACAAUGAUCUUCAACAUGCUCGUGCUGUUCACUUUCGUGCUAAUUAGCACUUUUAUACAUUCAAGCGCCAUGUCCACGAAAGAGCAAAACUUCAAAUUGUCUCGCGAAGUAGAUAUGAAUUUUGAAAGGUAUGACUUGGACAAAUCUCUCCGCCAAAAAAUUUCAUCUUGGCGAGCAAAUCACGUAGAUGAAUACUCUAAAUUUCGAUCAACGCUGAGAAUGCAACAAAGAAAGGCAAAGCGAUUAGGACUAGAAUCCGUGGUGGAUCAAGAAUCAAAGAUGAAGAGUUGGCCUCAACAGCGUCUUAGAUCGACAAGGAAAGGUUCCAAAUUGCGCAAGAUUAGAUACUGAUAUUCGUUACCUUAAAGCACUUUUCCACACAACUCUUGACGCCUCUAAAGCACAUGACCCUCUCACGAGUUGUGGGACGAGACCCAAAUACCGGCGCCGUUAAAAAUGUUCGAUGGAAAAAUUGCA